GAUCUGAAUCCAGUUUGGCCCUGAGGCUGGUGAAUGGAGGUAACAGGUGUCAGGGCCGAGUGGAGGUCCUAUACCGAGGCUCCUGGGGCACCGUGUGUGAUGACUACUGGGACACCAAUGAUGCCAAUGUGGUCUGCAGGCAGCUGGGCUGUGGCUGGGCCACAUCAGCCCCAGGAAAUGCCUGGUUUGGCCAGGGCUCAGGACCCAUAGUUCUGGAUGACGUGCACUGCUCAGGACAGGAGUCCUACCUGUGGAACUGUCCCCACAGAGGCUGGCUCUCCCACAACUGUGGCCAUCAUGAAGACGCUGGUGUCAUCUGCUCAGGUGGUGACUCAGGAACAAGCCUCAGGCCUGAUGGGGUGGUCCCUGUGAGCAGAGUGAGUCAGCCAGAGCCCAGUGAAUCCAAUUCUGGUGUGGCCCUGAGGCUGGUGAAUGGAAGUGACAGGUGUCGAGUGGAGGUCCUAUACCAAGGCUCCUGGGGCACCAUGUGUGAUGACAGCUGGGACACCAAUGAUGCCAAUGUGGUCUGCAGGCAGCUGGGCUGUGGCUGGGCCAUGUCAGCCCCUGGAAAUGCCCAGUUUGGUCAGGGCUCAGGACCCAUUGUCCUGGAUGACGUGCGCUGCUCAGGGAACGAGUCCUACCUGUGGAGCUGCCCCCACAAUGACUGGCUCUCCCACAACUGUCAGCAUAGUGAAGCCACUGUCAUCUGUUCAGAUGGGCCUCCAAGACUUGGGCCUCUAUUUUAACCUGAUACAAUGGAGAUGUCCCCUCUCUCCUCUCUAGGACCCUCUUCAAAUUAUGCCACCUUGAGGUUGGUCAAUUUAAACUCAUCCUACGGUCUAUGUGCCGGGCGUGUUGAAAUUUACCAUGGUGGCACCUGGGGGACAGUUUGUGAUGACUCCUGGACCAUUCACGAAGCUGAGGUGGUCUGCAGACAGCUGGGGUGUGGACGUGCAGUUUCAGCCCUUGGAAACGCCUAUUUUGGCGCUGGCUCUGGCCCCAUCACCCUGGACGAUGUAGAAUGCUCAGGGACGGAAUCCACUCUCUGGCAGUGCCGGAACCGAGGCUGGUUCUCCCACAACUGUCGUCACAACGAAGAUGCUGGUGUCAUCUGCUCAGGAAACCCACCAUCGACACCUGUUCCUUUUCUCAACGUCACCCAUCCAAACACAAAUUAUUCCUGUGGAGGCUUCCUGUCCCAACCAUCAGGGGACUUUUCCAGCCCAUUCUAUCCCGGGAACUAUCCGAACAAUGCCAAGUGUGUGUGGGACAUUGAGGUGCAAAACAACCACCGUGUGACGGUGGUCUUCAGAGAUGUCCAGCUUGAAGGUGGCUGCAACUAUGAUUACGUUGAAGUGUUCGAUGGCCCCUACCACAGUUCCCCUCUCAUUGCUCGAGUUUGUGAUGGGGCCAGAGGCUCCUUCACUUCCUCCUCCAACUUCAUGUCCAUUCGCUUCGUCAGUGACCACAGCAUCACGAGGAGAGGGUUCCGGGCUGAGUACUACUCCAGUCCCUCCAAUGACAGCACCAACCUGCUCUGUCUGCCAAAUCACAUGCAAGCCAGCGUGAGCAGGAGCUACCUCCAAUCCUUGGGCUUUUCUGCCAGUGACCUUGUCAUUUCCACCUGGAAUGGGUACUACGAGUGUCGGCCUCAGAUAACACCGAACCUGGUGAUAUUCACAAUUCCCUACUCAGGCUGCGGCACCUUCAAGCAGGUAGACAAUGACACCAUCGACUAUUCCAACUUCCUCACAGCAGCUCACGUGGCAUCAUCACGGGGCAUCAUCACGAGGAGGAAGAACUUCCGUAUUCACGUCAGCUGCAGGAUGCUUCAGAACACCUGGGUCAACACCAUGUACAUUGCUAAUGACACCAUCCAGGUUGAGGAAGUCCAGUAUGGCAAUUUUAACGUGAACGUUUCCUUUUAUACUUCCUCCUCUUUCUUGUAUCCUGUGACCAGCCACCCUUACUAUGUGAAGCUGAACCAGGACUUGUACGUUCAGGCUGAAAUCCUCCAUUCUGAUGCUGCACUGACCUUGUUUGUGGACACCUGCGUGGCAUCACCAUACUCCAAUGACUUCACGUCUUUGAAUUAUGAUCUAAUCCGGAGCGGAUGCGUGAGGGAUGACACCUACGGAUCCUACUCCCAGCCGUCUCCUCGCAUUGCCCGCUUCCGGUUCAGGGCCUUCCACUUCCUGAACCGCUUCCCCUCCGUGUACCUGCGUUGUAAAAUGGUGGUGUGCAGGGCAUAUGACCCCUCUUCCCGCUGCAACCGAGGCUGUGUGAUGAGGUCCAAGAGGGAUGUGGGCUCCUACCAGGAAAAGGACGUCGUCCUGGGUCCCAUCCAGCUGCAGACCCCCCCACGCCUAGAAGAGGAACCUCAAGCCCCAGUAGCCAGUGCUGCUUCAGAGAUAACCACCACAGUCUUAGCCACUUGGCAGCCUCUCAAGGAAGGAGGUAAGGGCCCCUUUAUCAGCAGGGCCCAGCCAGGGACAGAAGCUGCCCUCCAGCUGCUUCGAACCACAGCAGCAUCUCUCACCACCCUCCUGUUAGCCCACCUGCCAGCUGAAGGUGGCAUCCAGCAGCCCCUCGAGAUCCUGUCCCUUCCAGCCCUGUUCCUGGCAUCCGGAUCCCUGCAGUGGCCAAGACCCACAGUGACUGUCCCAGCUUACAGUGUGGAAACUGAAUCCUCAUUACUGAGAGUGAGCCUGGGGAAUGUGAGGGCCUCUUCACGCAAGCUUCAGGGCUGGUUCGUCAACUCCCUCUGGAACAACUUUCCUUGUAUCUGGACCAUCCUAGUGAAGCCAACUGAGCAAGCCUUGCUGGCGUUUCCUGCACCCAAUGCCUGGUCUGGCCAGGGCUGCAGGCCUAUCAUCCUGGAGGACACACUCUGCUCGCACAGGGCUGCCCUGUGGAGCUGCCCCCACAGCAACCUGCUCUCCCGUAACUGUGGCCAUGGGUGAGGGGCUGGUGUCCUCUGCUCAGGGCCCGAGGACUGGCUUGCUGUGCAACUCGUGGAAGGUUCUGGAAGGAGUUCAGGAUGAGUCGAGGUGUAUUUUGAAGGCGUGUGGGGCACAGUGUGCGAUGACCUGUGGGACGAGAAGGAAGCGCAGGUGGUGUGCCAGCAGCUGGGCUGCGGGGCAGCCGUCUCUGCCCCUGGAGAGGCCCACUUUGGCCAGGGCUCCGGCCCCAUUCUUCUGGACGACAUGCAGUGUUCUGGGACUGAGGCCUACCUGGGGGAGUGCUCCCAUACCGGCUGGUCUACCCACAACUGUGGGCACAGGGAAGACGCUGGUGUCAUCUGCUCAGACUGGCCACAAUUGCAACUGGUGAAUGGAUCAGGCAGGUGCUCUGGGCGUGUGGAAGUUUUCUACCAUGGCCAGUGGGGCAGGGUUUGCGAUGACCAGUGGGACAUGAAUGAAGCUGACGUGGUGUGCCGGCAGCUGCACUGCGGGCGUGCCCUCGCAGCCCCCGCUGAGGCUCAAUUUGGUGAAGGCAGAGGUGAAUUUCUGCUGGAUGAUGUGGACUGUACUGGAAAAGAGAAUUUUUUGGGACAAUGUCCUCAUGCUGGCUGGGGCCUGCAUAACUGUGGCCCCAGAGAAGACGCCAGCAUCAUCUGUGCAGGUGCUGGGUUAUCUGCAACCACAGCCACAGCAGAGCCUGUGGCCCUGCCAUCCACACCCGUGCCCCUGGCAGGAGCCUGGAUGGAGGUGAGGCUGCUGAACGGCACAGGGAGGUGCUCAGGCCGCGUGGAAGUUCUCGUCCAGGGCACGUGGGGCACGGUGUGUGAUGAUCUCUGGGACCUGGCCGAGGCCACCGUCGUGUGCCGCCAGCUGCAGUGUGGCCAGGCUCUGGCAGCCCCCACAGGAGCCCACUUUGGGGCAGGUUCUGGGAAGAUCUUACUGGAUGACAUGCAGUGUGUGGGCAGUGAGAGCCACCUGGGGCAGUGCAUGCAUGGGGACCAGGCCAGGCACAACUGUGGGCACCUGGAGGAUGCCAGUGUCAUCUGCACAGGUGAUGGAUUAUUUGCAACCAUAGCCACAACAGAGGCUGUGACCCUGCCAUUCACACCCGUGCCCCCAGCAGGAGCCUGGAUGGAGGUGAGGCUGUUGAAUGGUACAGGGAGCUGCUCAGGCUGCAUGGAGGUUCUCAUUCAGGGCAUGUGGGGGACGGUGUGUGACGACUUCUGGGACCUGGCCGAGGCCGCCAUUGUGUGCUGCCAGCUGCAAUGUGGCCAUGCCGUGGCAGCCCCUGUAGGGGCCCACUUCAGGGCAGGCUCUGGGAAGGUCCUGCUGGAUGACAUGGAGUGUGUGGGCAAUGAGAGCCACCUGGGGCAGUGCAUGCACGGGGACCGAGCCAGGCAUAACUGUGGGCACCUGGAGGAUGCCAGCGUCAUCUGUGCAGGAGGCUGGGCCCCUGUGCGGCUGGUGGGCAGCCACGGAAGAUGUGCGGGUCGUGUGGAACUUUUCUACCAGGGAGUCUGGGGGACUGUGUGCGACGACCUCUGGGACCUUCCAGAAGCAAACAUUGUCUGCAGGCAGCUGGAAUGUGGCUGGGCCAUUUCAGCCCCGGGUGAGGCCCACUUUGGGGAAGGUUCUGGGAGGAUCCUCCUUGACAACGUGCACUGCAGAGGAGAUGAGCAGCACCUUGAGGAAUGUUCCCACACCGGCUGGUUUACCCACAACUGUGCUCACGGGGAAGACGCCAGCGUGAUCUGCUCAGGUCACCCAUUGGCUGUCCUGGCAAGGAGAGUGGCCACAGGGGAUUGGCCGGAGCUACGUCUGGUGGGUGGCUCUGGCCGGUGCUCAGGACGCGUAGAACUUCUCCACCAGGGCUCCUGGGGCACCGUGUGUGACGACCUGUGGGACCUGAACGAAGCUGAGGUUGUGUGCCGGCAGCUUGGGUGUGGUCGAGCCGUGUCUGCCCUUGGAAAGGCCCACUUUGGCCCCGGCUCAGGAGACAUCUUCCUGGACAACCUCCAGUGCGCUGGUGUGGAGCGCUACCUGGGCCAGUGCGCCCACUCGGGCUGGUCAGAGCACAACUGUGGCCACCACGAGGAUGCCAGUGUCAUCUGCUCAGGUACCUUCUCCCCUCUAAUAUGGGCACUGCCAGUCCCAGAGUCUUUUGGGAACUCACAUGCUGUGUCUUUGUCUGCAGAAGACCGGCCGGAGCUGCGGCUGGUGGACGGCUCAAGCCGGUGCUCGGGGCGCGUGGAGAUUCUCCACCAGGGUGCCUGGGGCACCGUGUGCGACGACCUGUGGGACCUCAACGAAGCCGAGGUUGUGUGCCGGCAGCUGGGGUGUGGGCAGGCUGUUUCUGGCCCUGGCGAGGCCCACUUUGGCCCAGGCUCAGGAGACAUCUUCUUGGACAAUCUCCAGUGCUCUGGGGUAGAGCACAACCUGGGCCAGUGUGCCCACUUGGGCUGGUCAGAGCACAACUGUGGCCACCAUGAGGAUGCCAGUGUCAUCUGCUCAGGUUCUUCUACAGCUUCUCAGGAUCACAUCAAAGGAGGAAGUAACUCUUGUGGAGGGGUCACUUCUAGUCUCUCUGGCUUAUUUUCUAGUCCACAGUAUCCAGAAAACUACCCAACAGACAUCCAGUGUGUUUGGGAGAUCCACGUGGAUACAAAAUUUCGCAUAGAACUCAUAAUUCUAGGUUUGAAGCUGGAAGAUAUCCCUGGAUGUCCCUAUGACUCCGUUGAAAUCUUCAAUGGUCCCAGGAUUGCCUCACUCUCCAUGGGGAAGUUCUGUGCCCCUGAAACUGUGAUCUUCUUCUCCUCCUCACACAUCAUGACAGUGGUGUUCCAAAGUGAUUCCAUGAAAACCAACACUGGCUUUUAUGCUCUUUUCAAUGCCAUUCCGCAGGGUGCAAGGCAGUCAGAAGAUGGACCAGAGUUGUGGCUGGUGGGUGGCUCUGGCCAGUGCUCAGGACAUGUGGAGGUCCUACACAAGGGCUCCUGGGGCGCUGUCUGUGGUGACCUGUGGGAUCUGAAUGAAGCUGAGGUUGUAUGCCUGCAGCUCGGGUGUGAUUGGGCCAUUGCUGCUCCUGGAAAGGCCCACUUUGGCCCAGGCUCUGGAGACAUCCUUCUAGACAACACUCAGUGUUCAGGAAGUGAGAACUACCUUGGCCAGUGCCCCAGCUCUGGCUGGUCAGACGACAACUGCAGCCAUCAUGAGGAUGCCAGUGUCGACUGCUCAAAUAUCAUUCCUCCAGCCCCUAUACCACAAGGUUCCUUCUCCAGCCCUUGGUACCCCACAAACUACCCCACCGACUUGGAGUGCGUCUGGGUGAUACAUGUGCCUGAGAAAUUCCACAUAGAACUGAUAAUCCCAAGCCUGAAAUUAGAGGACAUCUCUGGAUGUCCUUACGACUUUAUUGAAGUGUUUGAUGGACGACAGGCUGCCUCACUCUCCAUGGGCAGGUUUUGUGCUGGGGCAGAGCUCACAUUCCUCUCUUCUUCAAACAUCAUGACCACAGUGUUCAGAAGCGACGCCAUGAUCACCAACACAGGGUUUUAUGCUCUGUACAACACCAUUCGGCAAGAUGAAAGGGAGAACGGUAUGUCUCUGCGACUGAUGAAUGGCAGCCACAGGUGUGAGGGCCGGGUGGAGGUCUCCUACAACGGCACCUGGGGCACGGUGUGCGAUGACAGCUGGGACCUGAUGGAUGCCAGGGUGGUGUGCCAGCAACUUGGCUGCGGUGAGGCACUGUCAGCCCCAGUUCAGAGCUACUUUGAUGGUGGCACUGGCCACAUCGUGCUGGAUGAUGUGCAGUGCACAGGAAAUGAAGCCAAAGUGUGGCAAUGCGUACACAACGAGUGGUUCUCCCAUAACUGUGGACACCACGAGGAUGCCAGUGUUAUCUGCUCAGGUAUUGGUGGCAAACCAAAUGCAGAACCAACAGACUCCACUGGCGACAACCCCCCUACAGAUGAAAAUUUCCACUGUGGCGGUUUGCUUACAAAUAAUUCAGGCUCCUUCUCCAGUCCUUGGUAUCCUAAAAAUUACCCCACAAAUGUGGUAUGUGCUUGGGACAUACAAGUGGAUAUUGGGGCUCGUGUGAAACUCACGUUUGAAGUGGUAAAAAUGGAAAAUUUCUAUGGCUGUCCAUACGACUUCAUUGAAAUCUUUGAUGGCCCACAAAGCAAAUCUUUUUCGCUAGGGAGAUUCUGUUCCAGGAAGAUCCCGAUAUUUACCUCCUCCUACAACUGCAUGUCGGUGGUGUUCCACAGCGAUGCUAUCAUCACCAACAUCGGCUUCUAUGCAUCUUAUGAGUCUCUUGUGCAAGAUGAGAAUGAUACCGGUUUAGGAGAACUGAAGGGAGAUGAGCUACCCACACCGUCUAUGUCCUCCACUGCCUUUCUGCCUUACAUAGGAGCAUCCACUGCUGUGAGUUACCCGACCUCAGGUCUGGGACUGCGGCUGGUGAACGGGUCCAGCAGAUGUGAGGGCCGAGUUGAGGUUUACCACGCCAACACCUGGGGCACCGUGUGCGAUGACAGCUGGUCUAUAGAGGAUGCUCACGUGGUCUGCAGGCAGCUGGGCUGUGGCCUGGCCGUGUCUGCCCUCCCAGGAGCCAGCUUCAGCCCUGGGUCAGGCAGCAUCGUCCUCGAUGAUGUCAACUGCACGGGAAGGGAGUCCUCUCUGGGGCAGUGCCCUCAUGGCGGUUGGUUCACUCACAACUGUGGGCACCGUGAAGAUGCUGGCGUCAUCUGCUCAGCCUUGCCCAUUGUCAGGUUGGCAGAUGGGAGGAGGCAGUGCAAAGGGCACAUUGAAGUCUACCACAAUGGCACAUGGGGGACUGUCUGCGACAACCUCUGGGGCAUCAACGCUGCCCACAUGGUGUGCCAGCAGCUGGGCUGUGGGGAGGACGUUGCAGCCCUCAUGAAUGACUUUCUGAGCAUGCUCAGCCCAGCAAGCAUUUACACACCCAGAAUAAACACUGCUGUUUCCCCAGAGCCGCCCCUGCGCCUGGCGGGCGGGCGAAGCCGCUGCGAGGGCCGGGUGGAGCUGCGGCACCAGGGCGUGUGGGGCACGGUGUGCGACGACCACUGGAACAUCAGGAACGCCCGCGUGGUGUGCCGCCUCCUGGGUUGCGGCCGCGCUCUGGGUGCCCCGGGCCGCGGCCGCUUUGGCCAGGGCACCGGGCCCAUCCUGUUGGACGAUGUGCGCUGCGCCGGCAAUGAGGACGCGCUGGAACGCUGCGCCCACUCGGGGUGGGCCCGACACAACUGCCAGCACCGCGAGGAUGCGGGCGUGGUGUGCGCAGGUCCGGCUGACUCUCUUGUGCCUAAGGACAAUGCCCAGCUAUCCUGCUUGCCUCACCUCUUCCAAGCCGUUAUUGACCGAGGCUAUCUCCGGAGGCUGGGCUACUCCUCCUGGGACAUCCACUUAAAUGAUGAGCUAUGUCGCCCCAAAGUCAUGGGACGCUACCUGAUCUUCAACAUUCCCUAUGGCCACUGUGGCACUAUCCAGCAGGAGCACCUCGGCUCCCUCAGCUACUCCAACUCCAUCAGAGGCCGGACACGGGGCCACCCUGGCCAAGUCAUCGUGCGGCACAAGGUGCCCAAGCUGAAGUUCACCUGUAGGGUGGACGGUCCAUCCACAGUUGAAAUCAUUCAUGGGGAUGACGCACAGACGGAGGGUGCUGGCUACACCAUGUCCAUAUCCUUCCUCCAGUCCCCCGAGUCCCAGCCUGUGGGAGGCAUGGUGCCCUACUACGACAGCCAGAGGAAAGAGGUCUUCCUCCAAGCCACCCUCCACAGCCCCAAUCCCAACCUGAUGCUCUUCGUGGAUACCUGUGUGGCUUCUCCAGAUCCCCAAGAUUUUAUAACCAUCAAGUAUGAUUUGAUCCGGCAGGGGUGCAUCAAAGACAAUACCUACGUCAACCUCCAUCCCCGCCAGAAGAACAUGGCUCGGUUCAAGUUCAAUGCCUUCAGCUUUCUUGACAGCUAUGAUGUGGUAUAUCUGCAGUGUAAGGUUGCAGUGUGCAAAGUGGGGGACUAUGCCUCUCUCUGCUCCCGGGGCUGUGCAGGACAGAGUAGGAGAGGUGCAGGCCCCAUGGAGACCAAGGAAGAGCAGACUGAGCAUUUCCAAAUGGUGGGGCCACUGGAGAUCCACAAAGUCACUGCUCAGAGGAAGACUCUUGAGUGAUUUCUGCAAUUUCCAUGUGAAUCUGUAGAAAGCAACGUCUAUUUCUCUUCAGCAUGUUUGACCAAUCAGAAGCUAUCCGCAUACAGACAGGUCAAAGAAACAGCCAGAGGGGACUGUUUCUCUGAGGUUUGUUACUAAAUAAAUCUUCUCUGAUUACUAAACUUCUAAGGCAAUUACUCUCUGUGCCACCACAAAUGCUACAUUUUCUAAUUCUUGUCUUAAAGUGUACAAAAUGUUACAAAGAGCAGGGUUUUCUCUCUAUACUGCAUUGUUCAUUUAAAGAUUGUCUUUUUAAGUUGACUGUUUAAUUAUCAGAUGCUAUUAAGUGGAUCUCUGUUUUUAUCCUCUGAUGGUACGAGGAUUUAUUUUCAGCUCUUGCCAAGAGUCUUAUGAAAAAUAAACUGUCACUCA